AUGGACAAGAUAAUCCCUUUGAUGGCAUGGCUCGUUCUGGUGACGUCCGCCUGGCUCGAAGGCCAUCGAGGCAUGGCAGUCGAUGAAAGUAAAGAAGACCUGAGGCAGGAGGAACUCAAGCUCCACUGGCGCAGUGUCGUUAGGUUCUUUCCAAUAUCUCCGUACCUCGUGGAUACCUUACCGACCAAUGUCAUUUGGGGCAGGGACUUGAGGCAGGCAGGCAGGCAGGCAGGCAGGCAGGCAGGCAUCUGGCAGGUGCACAAAAAGCCUAGGCAGCCGCCACGAGUCCAAGAAUCGCCAGCACUGAUUGUCUCGAACCUGGCAGCCUGGCCCCAACAAGCCUCUUCGUCUUUGAUUGCCCUCUUGGCUUGGCUUCAGACUCUUCUAUGGGUUGAUCCAGUCCCCUCCUCUACGGAUACCUUUGGUCUUCGCAGUACUCCGUAA